AUGAGGCUACAGCUUCGCGCCGACGAGGACGAGCCUGUCCACAAGUUCAUCAAUCCGUAUACCGAGUUGAACAUUGGGCUAUGGUCGCUGUUUGCUGGAGCAUCUAUUUUUCUGUGGGCGAGGUUAUGGGUUAAGAUUACGAGGCGGCAUGGAAUGUGGUACGAUGAUUAUAUCCUCAUCGUAUCAUGGAUCAUCCUUCUCGCAAACAACAGUCUUAUCGUAUACGAAUUCGGCAACGGCUAUGUCCUCGAGGACUCAUCGAAAUCAUGGAGUGACUCAAUGCACAUAAUGAUUACUAUUUCAUCAUGCGGGACAUUGAUCGGGCAGGCCUUGACGAAGACAGCGUUUGCAGUUACGCUAUUACGAAUGAGCAAUCACUGGCAGAAAUGGAUACUUUGGUUCUGUAUCAUCACCAUGAACGGUUACAUGGUCGCCAAGGUCAUAUUGCAGUGGGCCAAGGUGUGCGGCAAGCCCACAUACGACAACUGGUACAGACUGGACUUUUGCUUGGAUAAGAAAUUUAGGGACGAUUUCAAGGAGGGAGGAAACAUCUACAAUAUCAUCAUGGACUUUGUCUUUGCCUGCUUCCCUUGGUUGAUUGUUCGAGGACUGGAGAUGAAGAGGGCUGAGAAGAUUGGUCUCUGCUUCACAAUGAGUCUUGGAAUGAUUGUCGCUGUUGUCUCUGCGAUCCGAGUUGGUUGGAAGGACCAAGGAAAUGGCCGCGACGCCUACUACAUCUGGCGCAACGGCAUGUCACAAAUUUGGUACUCAUCAGAAGUUGCUGGAACAAUCAUGGUGCAAUGCAUCCCCAUUCUCCGCCCCAUCCUCCGAAACAUCCACACAUCCUUCACAUCCCGCAAACUUGAAUCAUCCACCGGCGAAAGAAAAGGCUCCGGCUGGACCUGGACACGCAGCAGCAAGCACAUCUCCACCGGACCUCUCCCCGUCGUCGCCAACAACAACCCAGACGGCAUGGAGCUCCGCAACAUCCCCGAGGAGAACGAACCUCAAGAAUUCGACUUUUGGGACAAGAACCGUGUGCCUUCACCUGAUAUCGAAGAGGCCAGAGCGCCGGCGGAUCACAAGUUUACGAGGGAUGAUAGUUGGCCGCUGGGACCGGCUAGUGAGUCGGGCAAGAGCACGAGGAGCUUUGAUAUGAUGCAUCCGGGCGUUGGACUUGCUGUUGAACAGGAGGGUUAUGCACAACAGGGAUUGUCACCACCACCGCCUCGAAGGAACUGA